GACCGCACUGCUGCCCCAUCCGUGAUCAUGGACGACGACGUGAUAUCCAUCUCUGACGGCUCCGGAGAAGAGGAAUACUUGGAUCGCCGUGCCAUCCUCGAGCCUGCCAUUCGGAGCGUGGUCGACGCGCUCGGUGGCUACGAGAACGGGUCGUAUCGUCUCGGUGAUGAAUGCUACGGAUGUCUGAAAGAUCUCAAGAAAAUCUGGAGGAAGGACGACACGGAUGACGAGCGUACUGUAGCCCGUAUUCUUUGGGAGACGCGAGUUCUCCCAAACGACCUCAUUCCCAUCCUCCUGGAGACCGCGGGCAAGGGACUGCUCGAAGAUAAAUGCGCCAUUGCGUGCGCAGAUCUUAUGACCGCUAUGACAUGGCCGAUUGACUUGGCGGAGGAGCUGAAGGAAUUAGACGAAGAACAUGACAAGGGUACGGACUAUACCCAGCUCACUCUCAGUCACCUGCACUACAAGGCGGCACUCCUGAGGCCGGGUGCCAUCCAGGCUCUGUUCGGGAUCACUCUGCCAUGUCUUUCCAAGGCUCCUAAAGAGCGCAAGGAGCGUGACAUCCAGAUCAUCAACGUCGUACUCUACCUCAUCCGCAACCUCGCGUUCAUCAAGGACUUGCCACCAAACAUGCACCUUAGUGCAGACCAGGCUGAGUUCGCGUCUAUGCAGUCCCGUCUAGUCAAGACGCUAUCAGAUGCGAAUGUACUUGACUUCCUGAUCACCGUCGCAUCGAGCGCCAACGAGGACCCGAUGUUCAACGGUUGGAAUGCUCUUGUGCUCGAGAUAUUCUAUCUUCUCUUCCGGGGGGUCAAGCCAACUGUGCUAGCAGUGGACCAGGCCAAGGAGCCGACGCAGAACCUGCGCCGCCUGCUUGCGGUAGAGGACCAGCGCAAGCGAGACUUCCGCCGGAACGCCACAUCGCGGCACUCCCGAUUCGGCACAACGCUCUCAGUCAAACUGAAUCCCAAGAAAGCGCAGGCGAAGACGGAUGAGGAACAGACCCCAGAGGCUGAACCCGAACCAGCCGAAUCGUCCCAAACCUUGGUCCUGCAUCGCCAGCAGGCGCUUAACCAGGACUCGGGCAGCAUUGUUGACCGACUGAAGCGGCAGAAGAAGCAGAAAAUAAAGAAGACGGACGAGCUGGCGCGGGAGGAUAACCUAUCCGUGGACGCGAAGUUCAUCCUGCAGAACUUCGCGCGCAUAUUGAUCGAGGCCUGCUUCAAUCCAUUCCUCUCGUCGCUGCUGAAGGACAUCAGAGCCGAACGAGCGAAAAUCACAGAGAAGGACAACCUCCGGCUACUCUAUGUCGCGAAGUGGUUCCUGGAGUUCUUUCUUUGCGUCCGUGCUACACAAGGGUCGGAGAACGCAUGGAGUUUUGGCCUCGUUGCGGAGGUGACCGACCGAGCGUGGAUCGUUUGGGUGCUGAAACGCAUGCGGCAGGCCGUCGAAGAGAAGCCAAAAGCGUGGAACGAACUCCAGGCUGGCAUAGACUGCCUCACGCAGCUCGUCAUCCUAAUCGACGCCAUGUCCACUUCGCCCGUCGCUUCCGAGGCCGACGUCGCGGACGUCCUCCAGCAGCAACUCAUCUACAACGGAGAGGUGCUCGACAUCGCGUUCGACAGCCUCCGUGCGUACCGGGAAGGCACACAGAGCCUGGCUUAUCUCGACUCGAGCGUUCAUCUUGCGUAUGCGCUCUUCCGGAUGCUCGAACGGUGGGGGAAGAAACGCAGCGGAAGGGGCGAGAUGUAUGUCCGCCGCAAGGAGAAGGCGCGGAGAAGACGAGGCACCGGGAAGGGCGAGGAGGACGGUGUACCGGAAGAGGAAGAGGAACCUCAAGAGGAGCCGGAUGAAAUGAUCCACGAGACUAUGUUCACGUUCGACAUGUUCGAGGCGAAAUUUGCUCAUCCGGACAUCACCCAAACGUUACUGGCGUGUGUCGCCCGAUUUAAGGAGUUCACGUCUGCGGAUAAGAUGAAGCGCGUCGUCAGCCUCAUGCAUCGGCAAGCCGUAAAGGCUAAGGCGGAGGGGCUUUACUUCAACGUAUCUACGUUGGAUCUCUUCAAGACCAUUCUCGCGGACGAGAAGUCGCUACCCAAGGACCAGCCCUACAAAGACCUCGUUAAUCUCAUUAAAUACAUCCUACGCCAGUUCUUCAAAGCUGUGGAAGAGGAGUCGUUCCUCGUGGUUCAGGCGUUCUUCCCGAUGAACCGGGGCCACUGGAAGGAAUUCUCCAGCUGGACGCCGCCCGAGGAUAAGAAGGGCGGGCGGGCGGAAACGGUGGAGGACACUAGAUUCCCGCCCGACGUCCAAGUGAAGAAAGGGUACUCGUGGAGCGAGCAGCUUGGCAUCACGAUUGCGUGUCUAGUUGGAGAGGGAAAGAACGAGUUGAUAGAGUGGGUGAAGCAGAUCCUUAUGCUAGCUAUCGGGCAGCGGCAACGGAUCAUCGAGGACACGGACGGCUCGUCAUCGAAAGUCAUUGACGUAGACAGCGACAGCGAGCCGGAGAACGAGCUCGCGGCGGUCACUGCCAACAGAGGGCCUUCUGACGAAGCUCUCGCGAAGAUGACCGAUUAUUUGAUACCGUACGUCAGUGAUGAGCAAGCAAAUGCGGCCACCAAAGAUCCGCAUCUCAAGCUUCUAUUCCGUCUCAUCAAGUUCCAGAUUCUAGACGAAGAUGCGAAUGAAUUGGAGUGGUAUAUUCCUGCAGCGGUUCUGCCGUCCGAUCUGCAAAGUUGUCUCAACGUGAUCAGCCAAUUCCUCGAGACUCCGAUUGAUCUGGAUGGCAAGAACGCGUCGCAACUACUCAACAAGAAGCGACGCAGACGUCGGCGGCGCCGUUCACCCACACCCGACCCCGAUGUCAGUGCCUCGGAGGGCGAGGAGCCAAAGAAGCGCAAGGAGAAGAAGAAAAAGGAGAAGCAGCAGUACAAAUCAGCACAAUUCAUCGAGGAUAGCGAUGCGGAGAUGGAGGAUAUGGAGGCCUUCCUAGAGAAGGAGAAGGCACUGCGAGAACGGACUGCGUUGCUGGCAACGUCCACGGGGCACAUCGCCACGAUGAGGUCUACUGGGACGAAGAAACGACGGAAGCGGGUCCCGGACAAUGGUGCCGCGAAGAAGAGGCGGCGCAAAGGGCAGAGCGGGAUUGACGCAGAGGACGAAGUGGCGGAGGCACGGAGUGCAUCGAAGGGCGGCGACGAUAGCGACUCGGAUGGCAGCAUCCUGAACCUCUUCGUCUCACCCAGGAGAUCUCCUUCGACUCAGCCUACCUCUCCUAACCCCGUCGAGAUACAGAAGACGAAACCAAGACCCAAACCGCGUCCUCGGCGCAAACUGGCCAGCGAAGUUACAGAGGAAAUCCAGGAGACUACGCAGACUUCGCGUCCGCCUGCCAAUGCUAUAGGCAGUGCCUUGAGAUCUCCAUCGCCACUUCCGUCCGCCCUGCAAGCAAAGAAGAGAGGAAGAUUGCAACUGGCUAUCUCGGAUGAGGACGACUAGCUGGUGACCGACCAUUAUUGUUUUAUAGAUCUAUGAGAUGUCGACACUAUGCAUAAACCACAUUAGAUACCAAUGUCCGCGCGGAAUGCAUGCACUUGGCCUGCCAUGUCAACAGGCAUGGGUACGUCACACGUGAAGCACGAAGCCUUGCGAGAGGCCCUUGUCGCGGGCGCGUUCGCAAAAAAGCCGAUUCGAGACAAUAUCGUACCGAUGCCCUCGGAUAGUCAAAUAAUGCUAUUAACUACCAUGAAACAUUGUGCUCAAUUGUCACGUCAUGAAGGCUCGUUGAACGGAGGAGGCGAGCGCUCCAGUCGUAUGUACUCGGCGACCAGGCCCGUCGGCAUGCUCAGAUCGCAAUCUGGUGGGGUGGCGGGCUGCUGUGGCUAAAUUAGGCACCCUCCGACCCACCGAACCUGCCUGCAGCGUACAAUUUCACCUCAAGCGCAAACGAC